AUGAUAUUAAGCCGUAUUAAACAAUGUUUUAUUCAUAUUAAUUUAUUUUGCAUGAUAUUUUUACAAACUACUGUAAAUUGUGAAAAAUUAAGUGCUCAUAUGUCACUGAAAGUACAAGGAAUAGGAUUUCAUAGGGACUUAACAUAUCAAAUACAUUUUGAUCAUUUUAUAGAGGGAUGUUAUGUUGCUCUUUAUUUGCAACUUUCAUCUGCUUUAUAUCUCAACGUUAACGAAUUGGCUCAUUUAAGAAAAAUUAACACAGUGUGCUCUAGUGGCGAAACCGACGUUGAAUUAUUUGCAGAAAAUGCACAAGUUCAGAACGUAACUAUUUGCUCGUAUCUAUCUCAUACAGACUGUGCUAUGAAAAUUCCAAUACAUCAACGUUAUCAAUAUGCUAAUAGGAAUAAUAGAUACAUGAAUAUUACUUUACCAAGACCAAAAUUGCUAUUAGGUUGUAAGCAAAGAAUUCGAGAAUACAGGAUUUCUAAAACUGAUUUGUGCUCUUCGUGUGCAGAGACUGCAUCAAAAUGGAGAGAGAUUCCAUAUAGUAUGGUAAAUAGUAAGGACGUGGAAGAUAUUUGGACAAUACCUGUUGGUGAUAUAAAUAUGGUAUCUCUAGUAUCUUAUGUUACAUUAAUAAUAACAGCUUUAUGUACAAUAUUUCUUGUCCAAACAAUUAGGAAAUCUGUACCAAGACAACAUCCAAAAAGAGAAUAAUAUAUUUGACAUAAACAUAAUUCAUGGUAAUGCCCUUCCUUUCAUUGACCGGAUCGUUCCAUGGUUGAAUUUUACUUGUACCGAACACAAUGA